CACACAUCACAUAUCUCGUACAAAUGGCGAAUGCGCCUAAGUUUCCUGUCAACCUUUUCCUAUUGUCGAACAAAACUAUUAUUUAUUAAGGCCCUUGUUCCAGUAGUUAUGGCAGAUAAUAAAUUAUAUGAAAUAUUAGGAGUAGAUAGAAAUGCCUCAGAAAAUGAGAUAAAGAAGCAAUAUCGACGGCUUGCUAAAGAAUACCAUCCAGAUAAAAACCCUGAAACUGGUGACAAAUUCAAAGAAAUAUCCUAUGCAUAUGAAAUUCUGUCUGAUCCAAAAAAAAGAGUAGUUUAUGAUCAGGUCGGUCUUAAAGGAAUGCAAGAUGGGACAUCUGAUGGUUUUGGAAGUGAUGAUCUUAUGUCACACCUUUUUGGUGGCGGAUUAUUCGGUGGAUUCAGUCCAUUUGGCUCCAGACGAAAGAAUAAGGGGGAAGAUACUGUGCACCCCUUGCAAGUGAACUUAGAAGAUUUUUAUAAUGGAAAAACUGCCCAAUUGCAACUAAAUAAAAAUAUUAUUUGUGAAACCUGUAAUGGAAAAGGCAGCAAAAGUGGUCAGGUCGGAAAAUGUCGAACUUGUGAUGGUAUGGGAAUGAAAAGAACGUAUCAUGAAAUAGGUUCUGCGAUUUCACCUUGUUAUGAGUGUAAAGGAACCGGAGAACAUAUAGAUGAUAAUGAUCGAUGUCAAAGUUGCAAUGGAAAAAAAGUUUGCAAUGAAAGUAAAAUUUUAGAAGUUCAUAUAGAUAAAGGGAUGAGAGAAAACCAAAAAAUACUAUUUAGAGGAGAAGGAGACCAAAUGCCAGAUGUUGAACCAGGUGACAUUGUAAUAAUACUUCAACAAAAACCACAUGAAAAAUUUCAACGAAACAAUGACAACUUACAAAUAAAUCAGACCAUAUCUCUUACAGAAGCUCUUUGUGGUUUUACUUUUGUAUUGCAUCAUUUAGACGGUAGAGAUUUGGUUAUUAGGCAUCCUGCAGGUGAAGUAAUUAAACCAGGGGAUAUUAAGACAGUUGUUGGGGAGGGAAUGCCUUGUUAUAAAGAUCCAUUUGAAAAAGGAAAUCUACAUAUUUGCUUCAGUAUUAAAUUUCCUGAUAGUCACUUCACCACUAAAGAGAAUCUCAAAUUGCUUGAAAGUAUCUUUCCACCCCGACCUGAAUUUGUCAUGCCUACAGGUGAUCAUGUUGAACAAGUUGAUUUGUAUGAUUUUGUUCCCAAUGAUACAUCCAGUGAUUCAAGAAGUGGAGACGCAUAUGCUAGUGAUGAGGAAGAUGGAAUUCAUAGUCCUGGAAUUCAGUGUGCCACUCAGUAGUUCAGAAUUGUUCUGAUCAUUUUUGUGAUAGGAAAUUGUUCUUUAUUUUUAGAUACAUUGUCUGGGAAAAUUGUAAAUUGAAAUGAUUAUAGCAUCGUUUUAUG